UUGGCGCCGUUCGUCGUCCACCGGGUCUGGCGCGUUUUUGAAAGAGCAGCAUACAUCAGAAAAACAUGUAUUUUGAAUUUCAGCUCGAAGGAGUCUAAGAAAUAUCUGUCCCGCGCGUUGAGUCCGUGUUUCCGCGCCGGACGGUGAAAAUGUUUGGGGCAGUUUUGGGAGCUGCGAGGAGCCGAGCUGCUUUGGAACUAGCAUCCAGCAAAGUGUGCUAGCUUGUUGUUUUAAACUUACACCGGUAACCAUCAGCUGUCCAAGACACACAAUGAGGUUUUCCGCUCUUUUUCACUCGCACACACGUACAAAGGAAUAACAAACGGCAGGAAAACUUAAGUUACAGCAAGUUACCGGUUCAGCUUCGUGGGUCUCUUUCAUUAUGGCUGGUGUUGUGACUAUGGCUUCUGUCAUCGAGGACUUUGACACUCAGCCUUGCAAGAAAUCUCGCAAAGAUGGAGGAAGUCCUGUUGUCAAGACAAUCACAAACUAUUUCUCUCCUGUGGUCAAACCAAUGGAGAAACCCUUUUCUCCUCCUCGCUCCAACAACAUCAUGGACUACUUUAGCCGGAAGGCUCCAUCCUCCAAAGAAAAGUCACCAGAACAAUCUAAAGAAAACUGUCAGAGGCCCCACUCUGCAGAGAAACACACCAGUCCAGAGGUGGGGAAGCAGCCGCCUCAGAAACGGGGUAGAAAGGCUAGCAGAGCUGCAAGGAAACUUGUGGCGGCUGCAACCGUGAGUUCCACUGAGGAGAAAAGCUGCAUAGUUGUAGAAGAACGACAUGAAAGCCAAGAUUCAGCAGCAGCAGAAGUCAGCACCACUGGGAUCCUUGGCAGCGAUACAGCAGCUCUCCUUGCCCAGCUCAGUGCUGAUGGUUGGGUCACUGCAGGAAAAUCAAAGGCUGAUGAGUGGGCUCAGAGUCAUGAAGGUAGUUCCAAAUGUGGGAACAAAACUGGACCUAAACCAGCACUAAACACCACUGAGUUAUCUCCAAUUGCACCCUCAAGAGAUGAAGCAAAACAGGUCAAAACUGCUGCACGUAACACUAGGAAGAGGCAGCAACAGGAGGCCAAGCAUUCAGAGACGGAGGAGAAAGAAGCGGAGAGCUCCUUAUGUGAUGUUAGCAUGGAGGUCAAUCUGGACGAGGACUCUGAGCUCAACAACAGCACGGUCAGAAUCUCCUUUGAGGAUUUUGUGCGGAGUCAGAGUCAGGACGAGGCUGAAGAGGACGUAAAAGAUGAGCAGAGCAAAGAAGAUGGAAGUAAAAACACAGCUGAGGCCGAGGAAAUGCACUCAGACCAGCUGGACUUCCCCAAAGCUGAAGAAAGUCCAGAUUCUGGGGAGCCGUCUGUCCAGGUCUCACCUCGAACCGUCACCAUCCAGGCCGAAGUUCACGCAGUCUCACCCAAACCAGCAGCGGCCAAGGCGGUGGGAAAGUUAGCGUCGAUCUUCAACCGAAGAAAAGGGGUGAGUGGUCCCGCAGAGGUCGUCUCGUCUCCUCCUCCACAGCCUGGACACCAACUUCUGUGUCCUUCUCUGACCAGCAAACGGAAGUCCAAUGUGGUUCUUCAGGAGGAGGAUCUGGAGCUGGCGGUGCUCGAGAGCGAAUCCAUUCCUAAGUGCAGCGAGGCGGAGAGGAAGCAGUUCAUGGCUGCCUUCAAACAGCCGAGCAUGGACGGGUCCAAAACCAAAGCAGUCAAGAGCCAAGGCAAGCAGAAGCAACCUGGAGAGAAUGUUCUGGAAGCUGCUGAAGAUGCCGACGUGAGUCCAGUCUCGGCUGAGGAAGCCUCUCAGGAAAAGACAGCCACUAAAAAGAAACCAGCAAAACGAGGCAGAAAAAAAGCUGAAGAGGAAAAGGAGGCGACGUCCACCUCUCCUCCUGCUGUAGAAGAACAAGAAGCGACCACGGUUGUUGAGGUUGAGGACAAAACAAAGGAGCCUCCUGUCACCUCAGCCCCAUCUGUUCCUGCUGCAAGGAGAUCCAGACGUCCGGCUGCCGUCCAACCGGCUCCUGAAACCACUCCAAGAGCUCCUGUGAGAAGAACCAGGAAGCAGAAUGAGAUGAAGGAUGCUGCAGACGCUGCUUCACCUCCGGACAGCCCUGCAGAGGUGUCCACUCCAAAGACUCGCAAGUCCAAGAGAGGCGUCUUCGUAGCUGAGAUGUUGUCUCCACCGGAUGAAGAAGAAAGUCCAAUCAGGAUUAAAUUUACCAGAGUCCAUAGAAAUGCUUCCAAGACUGAAGGAGGAAGUGGCAUAAACACGAUGAAAACAUCAAGUGAGUCUAAGAAAAGGAAGCAGGCGAAGAAAUUAGUGGAAAAAGCCAAAGUGAUCCAGCAAAAUAAGAAAGGCUCAGCGGAGGAGAAGAGCAGCUUAAGGCGGUCGUCACGAACCGAAGCGUCCGUCAGGAGGAGCUCCUGUGAAGACGAGGAUGCCAUCAUCUGUGUGGAGGAGGACCAGACUGAUGCUCCUCAAAAGAACACAACCCAGAAGCCUUUACGCAGCCUAAACGACGUUCUGGGAAAAGCUGCACUUUCAGGCAAAGACACCAAGGCUGCCCCAGGCUCCAAAGUGGCCUCUUUGGGCCAGGAGAAGGCUCCUCGCAGGGCGUCGGCCGUGAUUUCCAUCUUCGAUGAGAGCAGCCACGAGGGCUCCGAGAACUCCCAGGAUGACGAGCAGUUCAGGGCGCGUCGGGAAUUCCUAAAGAGCGGUUUGCCUGAGUCCUUUAGAAAACAGAUCGCCAAGACGGCUGCCACGAAGGAGGCGUACUCGCUCUCCUGUUCCACCUUCCAGCCAGUCGCACACACGGCGCAGCCACCAAAUGAUUGCCGUCUUUGGAGUCUGUCGUGGCCCGAGUCUUCAUUACUGGGCCAUCUGAAGGAGUUUAGUAACCGAACAUCCAAACCGCUUCCAUCUGUUGGUGGAUCUCUUUGUGUGAAGACGAUUCCUGCCUGUAGGAGCUUCUGUGAAAGGGGUUCCGGUUGGAGACCUGAGAUCUCUGAAAGUGUUCGUCAGCUUCUCAUCGAGGAGUUCAGCACCUCCAACCCUCAGUUUCCUGCACAGAAGUUCAUCACUCACUUCUUGAAGAGACGCACUGAACAUCAGCAGCAGUUCGCGGCUUCAGAACCAGAAGCUUUAACCAGAACUACCAGCACCCCGCUGCCAGCCGAAUCAGCAGGAGGGAAGAGGAAGAGGAGGCACGACGACGGGGAAAACACAGGGAAGGUGGCUAAGAAGCAGCGAUCCAGCCAAUCAGAAGAGAACAUCUCCACGGCAGAACCAGAGCCGACGAGAAGAGGAGGACGUACGAGACGAGCUCAGAGGUCCAAGCUGGAGGAGGAGAACGCGAAGCCUUCUCCCAUUCCAGCCAAGGAGGACUCUGUGUUAAUACUAGACGACGUCAUUUUGGGAGCUGGAAGCAAAGAUGUGGUGAAGGAGGACGUGCUGUGGACGGACAAAUACCAGCCUCAGCACUCCAGUGACAUUAUAGACAACGGCGCCUCAGUGAGGAGGCUGCACAGUUGGCUGAAGGAAUGGAAACUCCGUGCAGACCGAGAAGAGAGAAAAAAGCAGAAAGACAAGAAACUAGAGGAAGGCAGCAACGACUCGGACUGGGACUGUGGAGAGGAGGACUCCCAGGAUUCAGAGGACAUGUUGUGUAAUACGAUGCUCAUCACAGGACCCACUGGAGUUGGAAAGACGGCUGCAGUCUACGCUUGUGCUCAGGAGCUCGGCUUCAAGGUGUUUGAGGUGAAUGCUUCGUCUCAGCGAAGUGGCCGUCUUAUUCUGUCGCAGCUGAAAGAAGCAACUCAGUCCCACCAGGUGGACAGUCAGGGGGUCAACGCCCACAAACCCACCUACUUCAACAGCUAUGGCACCAGCAGCAGUGCUGGAUCCGUCAGACCUGGAACAUCUCCAAGGAAGGUUAACUCUCCUCGCAGGGUGGUUUCCUCUCCCAGGAAACAUCCUCAGUCACCAAGAGGUUCCAAAAGAGGAAACCUGGCUCCGACCUCUUUAGCCAACUUCUUUAAAAUUUGUCAACCUGCCAACAAGGAGCCACCGAACACUACGAAAGCUGAAAAAACAGCUGCUUCCAAGAAAAAAUCCAAUGAAGGUGUCGGUAAGCAAACUACCAAGUUAUCAGCAGCUGCCACCCCGAAAGAGAAGAACAGCGAAGAACAGAGCAAGAAGACGGCCACGUCGCUCAUCCUGUUUGAAGAAGUGGACGUUAUUUUUGACGAUGACUCAGGGUUUCUAGCUGCCAUCAAGACAUUCAUGACUACGACCAAGAGGCCAGUCAUCCUCACCACCAGCGAUCCAGCUUUCAGCUCCAUGUUUGAUGGAAGCUUUGAAGAAAUUCUUUUUAAAACGCCCUCUCUGUCGAACGUUAGCAGCUACCUGCAGCUGCUGUGUCUGGCCGAGGACAUGAGGACGGACCCGUCGGACAUCAGCUCUCUGCUUAAACUCAACAGCUGCGACAUCAGGCAGAGUUUACUGCAGCUGCAGUUCUGGACUCGCAGCUCAGGAGGGCGCCGUGGUGCAGAACCAUCAGGGCAGACUUCCAAAAACGCUAAACUAAAGCCAGAGGCUGAAGAGGCAGCAGAUGUUUCGGUUCUGCCUCCCUGUGACACCGGCUGCACUGAGAGCAAACUGGGUCUGCUGAACGUCAAACCAGAGGCAGAUGUUUGGGAGCUGCUCAGGCAAAGUCCAGGAGAGGAGGCGGUUUCCUGGGAGCUGCUGACAGACAGCCGACAACGAGGAGUCGACCUGCUCUAUUCCAACAUGGAGAAGCUCUUACCUCUGCCCCUCACACAGCUGACCACCUCCACAUUUAAACCGGAGCAGAGCGUCCCUGUAUCACAAGACAGAAAGAAGCAGCCGUCACUCACCUGCCUGCAGCCAGACUCGAUGCCCCCCGAUAGGCUGAUGCACUCGACUGAUUUAGCUGAGUCCUCAGAAGAUGGCAGUCCAGUCAAAGUGUCCACCAGAAUGAGGAAGAACAAGAGGCAACACCAUCUAGCUGACCAGGGCGGCCUGCAGUCAGACUCAGAAGAUGAAUUUCUGUCUCUCUCCAAGCAGCAGAGCGCUGCUCAGGCUAAAGAGGAGACCAAAGACACUUCAGUUUCACUAAAGAAGAAGCCUCUGACUCCUGAAGAACGAGAGAAGAGCCUCCCGGUGUCACAGUGUCUGGAGUCGAUAGCAGACUUCUUUGACAACAUGUCCUACAUGGACUCGUCCUUGAUGUUCCACCCACAUGGAGCUGACCUCCACAGAAGAGCGUCUCCUGUCAGUGCAGUCCUCAAAGAUGGGAUGACGGAUGAGCUGAGGGUUGAGGCUGACGGAGGAAGCUGGAUGACGGGAGGUCAUGUCUUGGAGAUCCAGGCGGCUGUGGAGGCUCUGAGCUUCCAUAAGUGUCGGGCUUCAGUGUCAGAGUCGUGGGAGAAGGUCCAGCAGAUAGGAGGGGAGCUGGGAAAAGAGGCUGCAGCUGAACUCAGCCUCCCUGUGGCGGCUCAUCGGGACGGUUACAGCUUCACUCAGGACGGCUUCUGUCAGCCACAGCUGGUCCGGCGGAGGAGAGAAGUGAUGGAGAGUCUGAUGCUGAAAGGAGUAUGUGGCAACAAACCAGCAGCGGCUCUGGACUAUUUACCAAUCCUACGCAGCAUCUGCAGAUCAGAGCAGCUGAAGGAGCGAGAAAAAGUGAAGCGAAGGUUCCUGCACUAUCUUGAUGCGAUCCACUUGGGUCUUGCCAAAAGCACUCUGCAGGGCCUUGCUGAAGAUUUCCUGUGAUCUACAGAGAAGAAGCAGUGUCCUCAUGGUCACGCACAGGCUCAAAUAAAUACUUUAAUGUUGUAUAAACUGUCAGAUGGAAGAAGGCACUUGAUUACAGGUCUUAAAUCAGACUUUUUUUUAUGGUUGUAGUUGUCUGAGGAUGUUUUCUACACAUUUUACCAGCAUGGAAGUGACUGACUCUGAGCACACAACUAAAAACCCUCACAUGCUACCUGGUGCUUUUGCAGCUUUGUUCAUUUUAUAAUAUGAAUCUGGAGGGUUGUGUUUUUGUACAGUAGCUUUGUAGCCUCACUUAUUGGCACUUUGCAUUUGGCAAAGUGUUUUUUAGACGUUGAAGUGUGACUGAUUCAUGAUGUGUAACAGAGAUUAUCGUGUAAAAUAGACUGUGUGUAAAUUAUCAUCAUCCUGGGUCAUACUUUAUAAAACACCAGCAGCUUCUGACAGAGGGUUCUGCUGCCUUUGUUCACCAGAAAUGCCACUUUUACAUUCAUCACAGGGAUUUAUUUUUUCAGCCUUAAAUACUGAAUGUACAUUAUUGACAUUAUUCAUAGUGGGUUUUGUGUUGUAACCAAAUAAAGGUUUAUCACAACUAAA